CAUACCAGAGGAAAUAAACCUCCAGAUAUCUGAAGAAACAACAAUAAAAUCACCAGGAUAUCCAGAGAAAAACUAUGAAAGCAACACAAUUUAUACUUGGAUGGUGACAGCCCCUGACGUCACAGAGGAGAUAUAUAUCAGGAUAGAAAUGGAUAUUCACCAUACACCAGGAUACGCAUGCGAUGACUACCUACAGAUUCAGGAAAUCAUUACCGACUUCACACUCUUUAAACAAUGUGGGAAACAAACAAGAAAUAGGAUAGCAAGAGGAAACAAACUAAUGAUCAUUUUCUUCUCUAACCAUGACAGACUUACAGAUAAAGGGUUUCGGGUACGUCUUAAAGUAUCGAAGAUAUUAACAAAAUCAACAAAGUCGACAAAAGUUCCAUCACCAAUGUCAAAGACACCAAUGGCACCGGAGACAAAAACGACAACGAAAACAAAAGAUUCAUUUCCUCAGAGAACAAAGAUCGGAAAUAAAGAAAUAAUUCGUUCAACAAAAACAGCAACAAUCACAGUAGUUACAACAAAAAAGUCAAGAGAAACAAACAUUUCAACAGUUUUCUCCAAUUGGAAAGCCACUAAACCAACAACGCCAAAAGUGAUUAUGAGCGAAGCUCUGAGUUCUACACCAACUUUAUACACUUCAUCGCAACCACCGCACUCAACAACAGUGAUAUACAAAACUUCAAUAUCCGCACCCGUAAUAAUAACUUCUGGCUCCUCGCAAAGUGCUACAUCACCAGAGGAACCAAUAUCAUCAAGCAUAAAGCUGAGCACUGAAACGUCCACUACUGAAUCUAUACCGAUCAAUCAGGAAAUUGUGCUACUGAUGAUGGGAAUCGGAGUGGUGGAAGUGACGAUAAUAAUUGUGGGUGUUCUAGCAGUCAAGCGAUUUAGACAGAAAAAAAAGAGCUCGAGAACCUCAAAAGAAGCCAAUGAUCGUCGACCUGUCUCCAGAAAAACAGUUUUCGGUAUUGAUAAUGAAUAUGACACCAUUCCAUUUGACGAGAGCGAUGAGAAUCCAUAUAAAGAUCUCUCUGAAGGGGUUUACGAUGCAACCUCAAAACGCCGAUCUCAUGUCAAUGGGCAAAGGACUGGUCCAGAUGGAGCAUUUGAAGAGGAACAUGAUUCAAAAUCAUGA